AUGUGGGAGUUCUGUCCCUCCAUUGCUGCCUCCUACUUAUUCAUCGUUUUAUUCGCCCUCACAACAAUUGCUCACAUUAUCCAAGCGGUUAUUCACCGCAAGUCCUACUGCUGGGUUAUUGCCAUGUCCGGCCUCAUCCAGACAAUAACAUAUAUUUUCCGAGUGCUAAGCAUUCUAAACCCGGCAAGCUAUGGUGAUUAUGCAGGAUGGUUUGUGCUAAUCCUUAUUGCACCACUGUGGACCAAUGCAUUUGUCUAUAUGGUCAUGGGCAAAAUGGUUUGGAAUUUCACGGACGACGCGCGCGUCCUGCGUAUGCGCCCGUGGCAGGUCGGACUCUUCUUCGUCAUGCUCGAUAUAAUCGCCUUCAUUGUUCAGGUUUAUGGGGCUGCUACGGCCGCCGGAAACGAUAUCACGUAUAGCAAGCAGAUGAUGGGCCUGCACGUCUAUAUGGCCGGGGUGGGUGUGCAGCAGUUCUUCGUCUUGGUAUUCGUCGUCUAUGCAAUUGCCUUCCACGUCAAAAUUCUUCGCCAGCGACGGUCAGAUGCCCAAAUGGCCUUGAUCCUACUCUAUGUUCUCUACGCGUGUCUCGCCUUUAUCACGGGACUAUAUAGCAAGAUUCCCCUCCACGAGGCGUAUCAGUAUUGCCUUGACUCGCUGCCCAUGCUAAUUGCGCUUGUCAUGCUCAACGUGGAGCACCCGGGUCGCGUCAUGCCAGGUAAAGAAAGUGAUAUUCCAAGCCGCAAGGAACGUAAGAAGACUGGCAUAGAUGCCAAGCCGAGAUCGCUAGAGGAUGACAUGAGACUACUAAAUACAAGUGGAUACCAGUAA